AUGACCAAUCGCCCUCCUCUCCUCUCCGAAAGCGGACCCCAUCACCGCUCUUCUCUUCACCUCAACAUCAUCACUUACAGUUACAGUUACAAUGGCUCCUACUAUCGUGCUCAUCCGCCACGCUCAGGCUCUUCACAAUGCGAUGUAGCUAUCGUUGUUAGUCCCAUGCGGCGUACGAUGCAGACUGCUAUGCUUGCGUUGGGCUGGCUUGUUGAGCGGGGUGUUAAGAUUGAGGGCAACGCAGACUGGCAAGAAAACUCCUCCAAGCCUUGUGAUACAGGAAGUCCCCUCUCUUCCAUCUCCCCCUCCUUCCCACAAGUAAACCUCUCCUCCGUCGAUCCCCUCUGGCCAGACAAGACAUCUCCAUCCGCAGAGCGAUACUGGUACACCAAGAAGUCCAUCCUCGCUCGCGGUCAGCGCGCACUAGACGAUCUGAAGAAAAGACCUGAAAAGCUCAUCUUUGUGGUAUCGCACGCUGGAUUCUUGAGAUUGGGCGUUGCGGGAUAUUGGUUCUUUAAUAGUGAUUAUCGUGUUUUUGACUUUGAGGCCCAGGGGAUUAAACAGCGGGAGGGCACGGCCGCCGGAGGCAUGGGCUUGUCGUUUACGGAGCCGGUUGAGCUGGGGCUUGAUUUGCCGGAGGAGGAUCCGGGGUAUGAUGCUGAGGCGAAGGUGUAG